GAGUCAGAGAGAUCGAGGAAAAUUGAACUUAGCUAGAGCUAUUGGCCUUGAGCUUGAGAAGAAAGAUUAUUAAAGGUUUCAUUUGAUGUGAAAAAACAAUUUUAAAGGCAAAAGUAGCCAAGAGGAGGUGACAACUUUCAUUUGCUUUUUGGACUCCCUUCUCUUUUUGUCUUCUUAUUAUCAAAAUCCCCCCACCCAAUCCUACAACUUCCUCAUCAUUUUUCCGCCAAACUUGUCUCCAUAUAAUUUCUAUCUUCUCUAGCUUUCCUCCUCCUCCUUCUUCUUUUUCUUUGGAACUUCUCUGAUCAGGAAGAUAAAAAGUAGAAAAUUAAUUAUAUAUCAAGAGAAGUUCCAAAGAAGAUUAUAUUAUAUGGCACCUGUUUCAUUGCCCCCUGGUUUCAGGUUUCAUCCAACAGAUGAAGAACUUGUUGCUUACUAUUUGAAAAGAAAGAUCAAUGGUAGGAAAAUUGAACUUGAGGUCAUUCCGGAAGUUGAUCUCUACAAAUGUGAGCCAUGGGAUCUACCAGAUAAGUCUGUUUUGCCCAGUAAAGAUCUGGAAUGGUACUUCUUCAGUCCUCGUGAUCGGAAAUACCCAAAUGGAACUCGGACAAACCGUGCAACGAAAGCUGGGUACUGGAAAGCAACGGGAAAGGACAGGAAAGUAAAUUCGCAGAUGAGGGCUAUUGGAAUGAAGAAAACCCUAGUAUAUUAUAGAGGGAGAGCACCCCAUGGAAGUCGAACCGGUUGGGUCAUGCAUGAGUAUCGUUUAGAAGAAAGAGAAUGUGAAGUUGCUAAUGGCAUGCAGGAUGCGUAUGCACUUUGCCGUGUAUUCAAGAAGAGUUUGAAUGCCCCAAAAAGUGGAGAUCAUUAUGCUAGUGAUCGAUCCUCUAGCAUUGAUGUGUAUACUGAGGAAUCAAGGUUUGAUGAUAUUGAUCACACCUCACCUAACUAUGGAAUGCCAAUGAAUGUUGCUGCUACAACUCAUGAUGAUAAAUGGAUGCAAUACUUAUCAGAUGAAGCUUUCACUUCCAUUAAUCCCAAUAGUAAUGGAUAUCACCCUUCUAAGGUUGAUGUAGCAUUAGAGUGUGCGAGGUUGCAGCAUAGGUUUGCAUUACCUCCAUUGGAGGUGCAAGAUUUUCCCCAAGUGGGCUAUGUUGAUUCCAGGACCAUAUCUCAAUCAAAUGAUCAUCUCAUGUAUCAAACCACAAAUCAAACGGAUAUUGUACAAGAAAUCCUAUCCGUAGCCCAAGCUUCACAUCAUCUUACAAAUCAAGAUUCAUGGGGUGGAAAUUAUAGUUAUGCUCCUCCUUGUGAUGACUUUUCUUUUCUUCCUCAUAAUAAUCAAUUAAUUCAUGACUUGGGUGAUUCCUUCAAUUUCAUGGAACAACUAAACGAAGAUCACAAUGCUAGGUCCAUUGCAGUCACUGAUUUUGAUGACAAGACCUUUCUUGAGGACUACAAGACGGUUCCAAUAGAAAAUAUUUCAGGUCCCCAUAAAGAAGAACAAGACCUCCAAGGAGAAGCCAGCGGUGUGCAUAACAGCUUGAAUGAAAUAGAAGCAAACAAUUUCUCAUUAGGAUUUGGUAAUGACAGCUUCUUGGAUGAUGAAGAAACAGAUGGUUUUGAAGUUUAUGAGAAAAUUGAAGUGAGGCAAUUAGGAUUGUUUGUUGCCACAAGGCAAGCAGCCAACACAUUCUAUCAUCAAGUGGUACCUUCAAAAACAGUUACAGUACACAGAGACCUAGAGCAUGACUUUCCGAUAAGAAAAAUACAAGAAAAUGCAACUUUGCUCGAUACAUUUAUGGCUUUUUCAAGGAAAACACUAUCUGGAGUUAUGAGAGUAACUAGGCCCUGGAAAGGAAAAGUAAGCACUUGGGUUGAUAUGAUUGCACCUUUAUAUACAUUUUGGAGUAUUUUGGGGAAUGCUUAUUAAAAGGAAGAGAUGGGCUCCAAUUAGGCGUUCAUAAUGGAGAGGAACAACAAAAUAGAAAUCAAGAUUAUAAAUGGGAUUUCAAGUGCAACGUCAAUAUCCCAUCUGCUAAUGCAGGAAAAGAAGGGGAAAUUUAAUUUUCACAGUGGUUGUGGAAAUUAAAGAGAUGCAUGACCUAAUUUCACCCUUGUAUUAAUUAGCUAUUUCCACCAUUAAUUGUCCCUUCUUCCCUUUGUAGUUUGUACCAUUUUUUACUUGUACUUUUGUUUUCUAAAGAUUAACUUCUUUUAAUGCUAACCACAAUUAAUUGCUGUUAGGGGAAAGAUUAACUAAAGACCCCUGAAAAUUGACACCUGUAUGUAACUUCUUGAUGAUAUAGAUUGUAUUUGUUCUUUUCCA